AUGAUUCUCAUGAAAUUAAAAAAGAAAAAGAAGGGUUCCGGGGGUUUCCAAACAAUGGGAUUUAGUUUCCCAGUUUUAAAAGGAAUUACAAAGCGAGGCUAUAAACAGCCUACACCAAUACAACGCAAGACCAUUCCUAUUGCACUUGAAGGUAAAGAUGUAGUUGCAAUGGCCCGCACAGGAUCUGGUAAAACGGCUUGUUUUGUGCUUCCUAUAUUAGAAAAGCUGUUGUCACCCACCAAUAAGGCAUUACCAGGAAAAAAUCUUCGAGCACUUAUUCUGUCACCUACAAGAGAAUUAGCCUUACAGACAUUGAGAUUUGUCCGUGAACUGGGUAAGUUUACUGGAUUGACAUCAGCCGCUAUCCUUGGUGGGGAAUCCAUUGAGCAACAGUUCAGUGUCAUGUCUGGGAAGGCACCGGAUAUCGUUGUAGCUACGCCUGGCCGUUUUUUACAUAUUUGUAUUGAAAUGAGCCUCAAAUUAGAUAAUAUAAAAAUUAUGGUAUUUGAUGAAGCUGAUAGAUUAUUUGAACUUGGCUUUGGUGAACAACUCAGGGAAAUAGUGGCUAGACUGCCUUCUAAUCGGCAAACACUCCUUUUCUCAGCCACAUUACCUAAAAUGCUUGUUGAAUUUGCAAGGGCGGGUCUCAGUGAUCCUGUGUUGAUAAGAUUGGAUGUCGACUGGAAGCUACCGUCCACAUUAUGGUUGGGCUGGAUAUCAGUGAGAGCAGAAUUGAAGACGGCUGCCUUAUUACUGCUCCUAGACAAAAUUCUCACAUCUACAACUCCGCAAGCAGUAGUAUUUGCAGCUACAAAGCAUCAUGUAGAGUAUUUACACUUGAUAUUACAACAAGCUGGUAUAACCUCCACAUACGCCUACUCAGGGUUAGACCCUUCGGCUCGUAAGAUCGCGUUGGGAAAAUUCACAAACAAGAAAUGCUCUGUGUUACUAGUUACUGAUGUAGCAGCGAGAGGAUUAGAUUUGCCAGCCUUAGAUACAGUCAUUAAUUAUAAUUUCCCUGCAAAACCAAAGCUGUUUGUACAUCGAGUUGGUAGAAGUGCCAGAGCUGGAAGAGCUGGUAGAGCCUUUUCCCUGAUUGCGGCGGAAGAUGUCGCUCAUCUUCUAGAUCUACAGCUGUUCCUUGGUGCGGAACUCUUACAGCCUGGGCAGUCGUUUGGGAAGGACUGCCCCAGCGGCGUGUGGGGCACAAUGCCUACUGGACAGCUAGAAAUACGCCACCAGGAUGUUAUGGCUUGGGAGAAGAAUAACUCGGAAAUUGAAGACGCGGCUCGUGUUUGUUCGCGCGGUUGGCAGCAGUACGUGCGGUGGCGAGAGCCCGCCUCCGCGGAGGCCAACAAGCGCGCCAAGGCCACGGCGCCGCCUACACAAGUGCACCCCUUCCUGGUCGACGACGCCACCGAGACCACCGUCGACCUGGUCACCAAGAUCAAGAACUACACGCCGAAAGGGACAAUAUUGGAAUUGGGCGGCAAAAAUGACUCACCAAUGUUCUUAGCAAUGAAGGCUAAGAGACGGGUGCAUGGAAAGAAAGUACAGAAAGCCAGGGAAAACAAAAACUCCGAGAUGGAUAAUAUAUUGGAGGACACAACCAAUAUCAAGUCAAGUAAAAACGCUGAAAGCAAUCAGUCUAAAAAGAAAGGAAAGAAAGAGGUUGUUCGUGAUGAGAAUUACAUACCACACUUUGCCAGCGACCAACACACAGAAACUGGGAUGGCAGUAAACUUCGCUGUGGGUGCUUCUUCGGCUGAAUUAGAGCUGGGUGCCGACAGUAGCGAAGGUGUUCGGUCUCGUAAGGCGCAACUCCGCUGGGACCGCAAGAGGAAGAAGAUGGUGCAUGUUGACCCUGACGGUGGUCGCAAAAUGAUCCGAACGGAGAGCGGCGGGCGAGUGCCCGCGACGUUCCGCAGCGGCCGCUACGACGAGUGGAGAAAGAGGAACGCACAGCACGACGACGACGAUGACGAUGACGACAAGAGGCACGACGCGAACAGAAUAAAGCCAGUAUCAGAAUUUCGUCCGCACUGGGUGAAGCACAAUGAGCGCGUGGCCAAAAAGAAGUCAGAGGCUUCGUCGAAGGAGUUCCGAAACAAGCAGCAGAUCGUUAAAGAGCGCUUGCGUAAGGAGAAAAUCAAGCAGAAACUGAAAUACAAAAUGAGAUUGAAGAAGAAAAAGAAAAAGUAA